AUUUGACGUUUGUCCCAACUCGGCACCCGGAGCGCUACGUCAUCCUGUCACGUGAUCACAACACGAAGACCGGAUUUUGCCGCGAAACCGGGCCGAGCUGUGCGGCGCGAGCGGAGGAGUUUCCCGGUUGAAGUCGGAUCAGAGGGUCGGUUCUCGGUUCUCCGGGAUGUUCUGCGAGAAGGCCGUGGAGCUGAUCCGCGAGCUGCACCGGAUGAGCGACGGACAGCUGCCCGCCUUUAACGAGGACGGACUCCGGCAGGUUCUGCAGGAGAUGGAAGCCCUUUAUGAACAGAACCAGACUGACGUGAACCAGGCGAAGACUGAGGGUCGCUCUGACCUGAUUCCCUCCAUUAAACUGCGUCACUGCUGCCUGCUGAGGAACCAGCGCUGCGUCACCGCCUACCUCUACGACCGGCUGCUGAGGAUCCGGGCGCUGCGCUGGGAGUACGGCAGCGUGCUGCCCGCCAACGUCCGCUUCCACAUGUGUGCCGAGGAGGUGCAGUGGUUCAGUCAGUAUAAGAAGUCCCUGGCGUCCUUCAUGCGGUCUCUGGGUGGCGGCGAGGGUCUGGACAUCACGCAGGACAUGAAGCCUCCCAAGAGUCUGUACAUCGAGGUGAGGUGUUUAAAGGACCACGGAGAGUUUGAGAUCGACGACGGGACGGUGAUCCUGCUGAAGAAGAACAGUCAGCACUUCCUGCCUCGCUGGAAAUGUGAGCAGCUGAUUCGUCAGGGCGUCCUGGAGCACGUCAUGUCCUGAUGGCGUCCGAUCGCUGAUCAAUCGGGCAAAAUGUUUGAUCGUGUCGAGCUGUCGGAAGUCUUUAUUCCUGCUGUCCCUGAACACAACGCUUUUAUUCUGAUGUCAAAAUAAAGUUUGUUUCUCUAAAA